AUGUUUACUUCCAAAUCAGAUCAACCCCAAAAAACCAUCCUCCAAAUCAAACAAGAUGACAAGUUUUUCUGCAGACUUCUUACAAAAGAAAGUUCCAUUUCCAAUCCAUCUUUUAGAAUAACUCUCACUGUCCCUUUUGUUUGGGAAUCUCAACCUGGCACACCAAAACACACUCUCUCUCAACAAUCUCUUCCUCCUCUUACUCCUCCACCUUCUUAUUAUUCAUGCAAAUCAUUGCCAGUUAACAAAAGCUUGAGAUCCAAUCUUUUUCAUGCACUUUUCCCAAAACUAAAUCUUAAAAAAUCCAUCAUGUCUUCUACUUCUUCAUCAUCAUCAUCAUCGUUAUCAUUAACACCUACUAAUUCACCUUACUAUUCAUCUUCUUCUUCUUCUUCUUCUUCUUCAUCUUCUUCUUCAUCUAACUCAUCUAAAGUUGUUCCUAUAAGAAAGUUUGGAACAAAGAAACGUUUCUUAAGCUGUGGUUCAUCUUUUGAUUUUAGAGGAGAAGAAGAACAUGUUGCUUCACCUACUUCAACACUAUGCUUCGGUCUUCCUCGUUCAACUAGCACAAAGGUUAAUAGAGGACUCCUAGGAUUCUCCAAAAGGUAA